UCUACAUAUUUUGCAUGUUUGUGCAAAUUUUUAUUUACUGCUGGGCUGGAAACGAAGUUACGCUUAAGAGUGCUGAAUUGGGCAAGGAAAUAUUUCAUAUAAAUUGGAUAUUAAUGACAAAGAGCGAAAAAAAGGAUCUAUUGAUGAUUAUGAAGCGCAGCAUGAAACCCAUCAAAUUCACUAGCAGUUUUUUAGUGACAUUAUCUCUGGAAUCUUAUGGCAAUCUUCUGAAAGCAUCUUUCUCUGCAUUUAACGUUUUGCAACAAGUAUAAAAAUUUUAUUUGUGUGCUUUGGCAGUAUUCUAC